CAAGCUGCCAUCUGACAGGAAGGAGUCUGUAGUACACACGAAGUUGAAGAGGAGACAUUUGGCGGAGAAAACGACGGUUUUUCACGACACAUCUGCAGAUUGUUUGAGAUGCUGCGAGUCUAAAAUAUCACUGACAAGAAGUGCAUUUCAUUGGAGAACCAUGGCUCAUCGUAAGAAAAAGCUUUCAUUGUCGGAGAGGUUUGGGACCAUUGGAUCUGGUACAGACUUUCAUAAUAAGGCCCGUAACAAUUCAGAAAUGGUCAGCAAGCUACAGAAACAGAUCACAGAAGUAGUGAGGAAAAGAACUGGAGAAUAUGACCGGGAAUCCCAAGCAAAAAUGAUAAGCGAGGAGAUUUCUGAUAUCCAGCAAAGGUUUGAUGAUGUUCCUGUGGCCAGUCAGAAGUUCAAACCAUUUAAAGUUGAGCUUAAAGUAAACAUCAGCAACAAGAAUGCAGAACAACAAAUAAACAUGAAUAGAAAUGAAACUGCAUGUAAUGCCAGGAACCUGAAUGAGUCAUACAUUCCUCCAUCAUGUAAGGCUGAUCAAAAAGAGAAACGUCUAGGAAGAUGGGAUUGGAUUUUCAUCCAAGUAUAUUUCUGAUUCGGAAUGUAAUCUUAUGAAAGACUGUCAAUCAAAGAGCAAUGAAAGGAGUAUGACUGCAACAGGUUCCAUAAAAGAUGAACUAAAUGUCAAGAUAAUUUUGCAAGAAACCUCUGGUAAAUGUGAGAGUGAUGAAAGAGGUGCUAUUAUUCCACCAUUGCCAGAAGUAUACCUGAAAACAUCACCAUCUGAUUCACUUCAGUCUUGUGAUAGUGAAUUGAACUCGCAAAAUACAGCGAAAUUAAUGCCAGCAUUUCAAGAAGAGCAGGAAGUAAAUCUAAGCAAAAGCCAAGACCACAAACAGAAUCCUCAGUCCUGGAAGAAAACAAGUAAUGCUGACAACUAUACUGAAACCAACAGUGAUAAACAAGAAGCAGAUUUCAACAAAACAAACAGUGAUGAUCAGCUCUUCAAUAUUAAUAAUGACUGUGCUCAGUCUAGUCAGAAAAAUAGAACAGGCUCUGAGGCAAGUCCAGAUUUCAAAAAGAAACAAGUCUACAAGAAGACAAGCCCAAACUUCAAGAAUAGGAAAAUAUUUAAAAACAAGCCCAAAUGUCGACAGAGGACAAGCUUCAAAAACAAGCCCAAAUGUCAACAGAGGACACACUUCAAAAACAAGCCCAAAUGUCGACAGAGGACACGCUUCAAAAACAAGUCCAAAUGUCAACAGAGGACACACUUCAAAAACAAGUCCAAAUGUCAACAGAGGACACACUUCAAAAACAAGCCCAAAUGUCAACAGAGGACACGCUUCAAAAACAAGUCCAAAUGUCAACAGAGGACACACUUCAAAAACAAGUCCAAAUGUCGACAGAGGACAAAGUUUAAAGACAAGUCCCAAUUUCAACAAAGGAAUAGGCAUUCAAAACUUCAACACUGAUCAAGAUUGCAUGGCAAGUCCAAAUAUGAAUAAAGAAAAAGGCUUUCAGACAAGUCUUGAUUUAAACAAAAACAACAAUGCUCUGGUAUCUGAAAACUUCAGUAAAGGACAAGGUAGUAAAAAUAGUCCAAGCUUCAGCAAUGCUCCAAAUUUCUGCAGGAGACGAAACAAUAUUCAGACCAAUCCAAACAUGAGACAAUGUUCUGAUGCCAGUCCAUACCCUAACAAGGGACAAGAGUUUCAACCGAGUUCAAACAUUACCAGGGAGAAAGGCUUUAAAGGCAGUCCAAACUUCAACCAGACAGUAGGAUUUCAGACAAGCCCAAAUUUUAAACGGAAUGUUCCAAAAUCCUUUGGGCCAGGGAAGCUACAGGAUACAGAGACUAAUGUUCAGCGAAAUCAUGCCAGUACCUUCUCAACUGAUGACUCGCAUGCAAUUUAUGACACUCAGGACCAGUUCUACAACCACCAGAGAGGAAAUUGGCUACCGAAAGGUAGACAAAAAAGAGUCCACUUUCAAAACAAGACUGGAUUUGGAGGUCAUCCAAUGAAUCAGCAAGGGCCAUAUACCUCCAAUUCCAUACGCCAUUACCAUGGUAACCAACCAAGACAAAGAAAUCCUGAAACAUCCUACAAGCACGAACAGCCUGUUGGGUGCUCUCCCAGUAAACAGUUAGACAAUACAGGUGGUUUUGGCAAGAGACAUGCAUCUCCACUUCCUUCCAACCAGUAUAUGGCACCAGCAAAGAAAAGAGUUCUCAACUCUGAUCCUUUGAACAAGGACGUUCCUUCAUUUCAGAGCAGACUUUCAUAUGCAGAAAAGAAUAUGCCAUCCAACCCACCAUGGCAGGGAAAGCAAUAUGCUACCUCUGGUAAUGCUUAUGCUGGAAAUUGCAAUCAUCCAUAUGGAUAUUACCCAGGUCAUGUUGGACCAAAUGCACCACCUCAACCAUCUGUUGCUGGUAACUACGGGCUGGCACUCCAUGGCCCUUUCACACCAAAGACUUGGAACAUGUCAGACCAGAAGUUUACACCAGCCUAUGAAAGUACAAACAUACACACCCUUGACAACACAUUUCACAAUUUGAAUGAAACUUCUUCUACAAAGCAAUACCUUUUCAGCAAGAUGCUCGGCCAAAAUGAUGCAAUGAAACCUGCAGGAGAUCUAUUGAAACAUACUGAAGAUGCUGUGAAGCCUUUCGGAGUUAACAUGAAAUCUGCUGUGAAGCCCACUGGAGAUGUCCUGAAACCCACUGGUUUUUAUCAGGAAAUAGCAAAUGAAACUUCAGGAACAGGACAAAAUGAAAAGGAAGAAACUGAAUUAGUUUCCACUCUUCUAACACAAUGCCAAGCAAUGGCUCAAAAAGAUGAUGACAGACAAGCAUUAAAUACAAUUUUUAACAUCAUCCAUCAAGAGAUGGGUCACCAGACUCUUCAAACUGCUGUUAAGAACAAUAUCUCGAGUACUGACCAUAUGCCAGAACAAACAAGAAGCACUUCAGAUUCAUAUGGUGAUGACGCUAGAUUCAGCCCGACCUCUUCAAGCCCAGAUGCUGCUUCUAAACUUGGUGGAAACAUUCGAUUUGAAGGAAGAACACUUCUCAAAGGGGGAGUGAAACCACGCCAUAUACCGAAGACAUUGGUCAACAAACAGGAUGAUGAUCCACCGAGGGAUCCCAGACCAGAAAAAGAUGGUAAAUCAAAACCAUUGCAAGCCAGAAAAAUGAAGGAUUUGCCACUGCCGCCUUUUUUCAUUGAAUUUGUUGCAACAGAGAAAUUUGGCAAGAAGAGAAUUGAAGGGAAACCAAACCAAGUGAUUGAAGGUAAUGCUGAGAAGAGUAUGAAUGCAGUCAGCAACUCGUGUAUUCUAUCAUCUGAGUUUGAAACAAAGGAUCUCAAAAUUGACUUUGGGAAAGUGGACAGCUUGAAUAUAGUUUCAAACAAUGGUAUUGAACAACAACAGACAGCACAUGGUGGCCUGAUUUCAGACACUAAACCACAGGAUUGUGACGCUGAUCGUUUGGAGAGGAGAAAAACUGAAGUGAUAUCUCCUAUCUUGCCACUUAUUACUGUAAGGCGAGAGCCAGGUUUGAAUGUAAAAGAUAAUGCUUGUGUUGAUGUGUGUCCUCGAGACCCUCGAUUGAGGGCCACAAGUAUUUCCAAGAAAAGGGAGAAUAAUCCAAUUGUUGACUUACCAGUAAUUAGGUAUGAGGAAUACAGUGUGGAAAAACCGGAACCUCCAGAUAAUGGUCGUGAGAAAGGUCAGGAAUGUGUUCCAGAGCCAAAAAAUGCACUUUGUGGUGAUUUCAAAGGACAGGAUGAAGCCUAUCUAUUGACAAAUGUAAAUAGAGAUGGGCCUAGAUCUCUCCAAAGAAACAGUUCACCAUUUUACAGAGAUACCAACAAAAGGGAGACCAGCAUUCCUAGGAGUGUUUGCGAGAGAAAUUCACAUCACUCGGAUCGAAAGGAUUCAGCUAAACAGUUUUCUGAGAAUUUACCUACACAGCAACGUAGGUACUCUGGUAGCUACAGUACUAAAGAGGUUGAUAGAUUCAGUGGUUCUCCGUCUAGAAGGUGCAGUAGAUUUUCUACUGAACGUUCGUUAAGUAGAUCUAGAAGUAGUUCUAGAAGUAGGGAUGAAGAAUGGACUGAAAAGGAAGUGGCAGUAAGGAGGACUGACAGAGUCAACUUCUCCCAUGGAAAUGUGCACCAAUCACAUUCCUAUGAACGAGAAACUUUAGUAUACAAAGACAGACAUGGCGAGUGUUAUGAAAACCAAUUUCAUGAAAGACACGAGUAUGACAGGAGGAACAGUGAGAGACGUUCCAUGUCCCCUGGAACUUGUAGGUAUUUGAAAAGGAGAGAUUUUGAGAGGAAGAACACACCUCCAUCAUCUAUAAAUAGAAAUGUAUACAGAAAUAGGUAUCACGGUAGCAGAAACCGUAACUACUCUGAAGGAAGCGAUUAUCCAGAAUCAUGCUCAUCACCUUUACGCUGAACACUUAAGAGUUUUCAUUUUCAUUUUGGCAAAUAAUGGAUCUAUCCAUGUAUGUAUCAUCUUCUCAGGGAGAGAUUAAUUUGUGUGUAUUUUACAAAUCUGUACUAGUGCUAGACGGAUAGUUGAUACCCGUGUUUCUGUUAAUUGAGAGAUUAUCUAGAUUCUGGAUCUCCACUUCUAUACAGAUUCCAUAGCUUUGCUCCAAGCAUUUUGGUACUCCUAAAUUUGGCGAUGUUUUCAUUUUUAUGCUGCUUGACCGUAAAAAUAUUCCAGAAAGUUUAUAUACUAUUAUAAUAUUUAUUUUGUUCUCUAAAGUGAGAGAACAGCAGAGUUGUGGUUUACACUGAACAUUGUAGGUGUUCAGGUGUUCUAUACUCAUGAUAGGAGUGAUUUACUGAUAAUGUUAAUAAUCAUAAGAUUUAAGGUUCACUAGUGACGUGUACAGAAUGUAGUACAUUACUUUGUUAGACUGAUGUUUCUAUCAUCAUGUGAUCUUUAUUAUUUUAUGUUUUUGUUCUACCUCUGUACGUAGAUCCAAUGAGAACAAUUCUAUUGAAGGAAUAUAUGUCGAGUACUAUAUCAAUACACAUACAUGUACAGUAAACCUAGUCUAAUAUUGGUACAGUGUAUAUUGGGUAACUGUUCAAUUUUUUUCUUGUGAAAAGAACCAAUUAAGAUGAGUAUACAAGCAUUCUGACAUCCUAUAGCCUGACCAGUUACAUGCAUGAAUGAUCUAAUCAUAGCUUCUUGCUCCAGUACAUUUUUCCUUUGAAUGAAUGUUGGGCAUAUUUUUUUUAUGACUAGUUAUUUUUCUAAUGCUAAAUCUAACUAAAGAUAUCUUCAGACUUAAUGAAACUUCAAACAAAUGAACUGAAAUUAAGUCACUGUGACCUUCACCUAAAGGUCAUGUUCAAGAUGUUAGGGCAGUUUAUGUUCAUCAAGGUAAAACUCUUGAAAGAUAUUUUGAUUAAACUUUUAACUUGCCUUUAUCACCCCGAGUGUUUGUGCAGUCAG